UCCUCUGAGGCUUAUCGAUGGUCCGCUCGAUAGCGCCAACAAUCGAUAGGCAAUAUUUGUGUAUUGGAAACGCGGCUUAACUUAGUGCAGAUUUUUACGCUGAUUCGGCUGCAAAAGAUGCACUUUUGAGGCACCCACGCCCCCGAAUUCGAGUGCAGUUGCAGUCGGGAAAGUUUGAAAAGUGCGUGGAGCAAGGAGAGCGACGAGUUCGUUGAGCUACAGCGAAACAGAAAGGUGGAAAAAGCGGGGGAAACGAGCGCAGCGGAGCGAAUGAUAAACGGGAAUUGGGAUCGGAAAAUUGGAAACAAAACCAACCACCGAUUAUAAAAAGGCAGCAGCUCAAAAACGGGGAUAAUGGAGUCACAGAAGCGGCCGUCGUUGGAUUUGCACACGGAUGUGACAACAGGAUCAGCAGCUGGAGGAUCUGGGCUGGGAGCUGCAGCUGAGAUGUCGCCCACUUCCGGUUUCCUGCCGGACAUGCCGCAGUGGAAGAAGGACCUCAUCCAGCGUCGGAAAACGAACGUGGCCCGCACCCAGGCGGCGUCCAUCACCUCGCCCACCGAUGGCAGUUGUGGGGCUUUGGCAGAAGCCACCGCCGCUCCAGGUGCAAUUGCAGAUUCCAUGGAACCGGCGACAAUCAGUAGCACUAGUCAAAAGAGAAACGUGAUCGGUUCAGAGGAAAAGUCUGAGAAAUCUUCUAUUUCCAAUACCAAUUGCGAUUACACUGGAGGUCAUCACUCUGUUGUAGCCGUCUCUCUUUCGCCCGAAGCGGCAGCAACAACAAAUGUAACAGUAACACCAAUACCAAAGCAGCGAUCGAGUUUACUCAACACAAGAAGUCAGGAGAGGGAGAUGGCGCGAUAUAUUCUAACCGAGAGCGGAGAGCGUGAUGGAGAGCCAGAAAGCAGCGAACAGCCGGCUGGUGUGGUGAGUAGCAGCCGGUGCGGUGAAGUUGAAACUGGCACAAUUGGAUCGCCGUCGUCGUCAGCAAAUCAAAAUCCAAACCCAAAUCAUUUAAAAACGAAAUGCAAACCGGGACAGAGCGUUGCUGAGGGCAAGCCUGCAGCGAAAGAGACCAUCGUCGAUAACAGCAAAAGCUGCAGCAAAACCAAGAGUAUUUCCGAUAAAUUGCAGAGCAACAAGUUUAUAAUUCAACAGCAACAACAACAACAGCAGCAGCAGCAACAACAACAGCAACUGUCGCCCACAAAGGUAACGGUAAAACCGACAAUGGUCGCCAUGCAAGAGAUGAAGAAGACAACCAAACAAAAUGGCCAGCACCGACAUCUAGCGGGCAAAAUUGGCAGCGUAGCAGGAGGCGAUGUGGAUCCACAACAUCCACCGACGAAUCCCAUACCAGAUUCAUUGGACACCGGUGAGGAUCUGAGCUACGGACCCGGAAUUGUGUCCAAGCUGCGAUGCCGCUACUUGAGCUUGGCCCUCCGCGAGUCCCGCCAGCAGAGCAGCAAACAACGCCUACAACGCUCCACAAGUCUGAACACCCUGCUCGACCGCGACGACGACGAGGUAGAAGUGGAGGAGACCGAGGUGGCCACCAGCCAGGUGCGUGCCAAAUCCACACCCCCACCGAUAUUGGGGGCAAAACCGACACUGAAACCCAGCAGCCAGCUGCAGCGUCCCGUCAGUCUGGGCGCCAAUGGAGCUGGCUCAGCUGUUAACCCGCCCUCGAACUCGGAUCAAGGCCAACCGGGCGUCGUUGCCAAUGGAGGCGCAGGAUCUGGUCAACGAUCGCGACACUUCAAGCGCGGCAACGAGGUGAUGAAGCGGGCACGUUCCGUUGAGGCUCUGCUCUGCGAGAAAUCGCCUUGGAACAGCCAGAGAAUCAGCACUGCCGGCGCAGCAGCAGCAGCAGCGCCUUCACCACCUGCUCCCAAGGCCACAGCCGCUGCUCCCUCACCUGUUACCUCGCCCACCUGCGUCACCAUCGAGGACAAGAUCCACAAUGCCCGCGAGCGGCUGCACAGCGGCACGGAUACGGCGCCACCCAAGCGCCUGACCUCCAUCAUAGAUGACACCGAACGGCCGCCACCGGAUCUGGUCAAGCAGACGCUCAAGAUGUUUGAGGCGAGUGCCAAUCGACGUCCGCGCGCCGCUCAUCGUUCCAAUGGCGUGGGCGGAGUGGCCAGCAAAGUGGCCAACUACAAAUCGAUCAUUAAGGAUCAGAAGCAACCAUCAUCAGCAGCGGCGACGCCUCCGCCGUCCGGCAUAGGCUUUGCCUCCUCCACGCCGCUAAGGCAUGUCCAUCCGGAUAUUAUACCCCGUCAGGUGGAUUCGCCCGUAUCAGCGUUGAGUGUGAUGAUGCGGCGCAUGGAGCUGCAGGAGCCCGAGACGCCGGAAAGGGAGACACGGGACGCGGAGGCCACACCGCAGAGCGAGGCGUCAAGUGAGACUGAGCGAAAUGAUCGCGAUGAAGGCGAUGGCGAAGUCGAUGACGACAACCACAACAACAACGACGACGAUCACGACGACGGCGGCGACGGCGACGACAGCAGCGACAACAAUGAGCAACGCGAUAAAAUGGGCGCGGCGGCGGCAGGCGAUAAGCCUAAGCCCCCAACGGAAUCGGUAGCGGGAGGCGCCCAACGAUCAUUCGCUCCCUCGACGGAGAACGCGCAUGUAGCCAGCGGGAGUAGCAGCACCAGUGCCAGUGUACGCAAGCUCAGCAACAACAACGACUCCAGCGGACCGGCGGUGACCAAACAGAUCGGAGUUAUCCGUCCCCUAUUCAAUAGCCAGGGAGCUGGGAGCACUCCACUAACGAGUCGCGAGAUCGAAAAGAAUCGCAUCAAUGAGAUGAAGAAGUCGACGGCCACAGAAGCCGGUGGUGCGGUAUCCGGGUCUGGAUCAGGAACGGGUGCUGGUGCUGGUGCUGGAUCAGGAACCUCGCCCACCACUAGUCUCGACAGCGUGAUAAACACCAAGGAUGCGGCCAGCAGCGAAACGGAGGCCACUGCCUCGCCACUGUGGACACUGCGCAAGCUGAGGAAUCAGAGCCAGGCGGCCGGCGGAGGAUCGGGCCCCAGCUCCAGCCUGCAUUCCACAGAGAACACCUCGAUGGUGUUCAACUUUUCCAAGAGCACCAAGGAAGUGCCCGACUACAUCGAAAGCGACGUUGUGAUUUACAGGCGCAAGCGGGAGCUGCCAAAGCCAAACGAACCUGGCUUCGUGCUGCUGGGCGAUCUCUCCGUGGAAACGUCGACGGACACGGACUACGACGACUACUGCUUGUGCCCGCCAUCGCCGUGCGAUGUGGAGUUCGAGAAUGCCAACAUUGUGAUCGACGGCAAGUCCAGCAUACGCCAAAAACCCAAAGAGUCUUCGUUCCGCGUGCAGUUCAACGACACGCUGACGUCGACGUUUGAAUACCCCUCCGAGGCAUCGAUGACCAUCGAGGAUCCGCCGUACGCCGAUCCGUUUGGCCAUGUGAGCAAACACCACCAGAUGCUGCUCGCCGAGCAGAUGCACCUGUUGCAGCACCAGGAGCAACUGGAGCUGGAGCAGAUGCACCAGCUGGGGCUGGCACCGGAGCAGCAUCAUCACGUCACCGUCGACGAGAUCAUCGAGCUGCCCACAUCGACGGCGGGACAUGGACAUGGCAUCGCACUUGGACACAGGGCGGGGGCGGCGGGGGGCGGCACGAUGCUGGGGAAUUUACCGUUGGAUUACCCAAGUUUAGGGAGGGGUAUUAUCUUGCCACAGUCGCCACAACAGCAGCCACCGCAGCAGCAGCAGCAGCCAGAACCUGCAAUAGCCACAUCAGCAACAGCAACGCUGGCAGCAGUGGCAGGAUCACCACUGGCAAUGCCAACAGAAGUGGCAGUCGAACCACCACUACCAGCCACAGUCGCCAAGCGCCCCCAGCCCCCGGCGAAGCCACCAGCACAGCAGCAGCAGCAGCAAGCGUCGCGUAGGGCCAGGCCAUCGGUGCUGCUGAAGCCGCAGUACGCCUGCUUCCUGCAGCACGACGAUAGUGCGCCCAAAUCCCAGCCAGCUGCUGCUGGACGACCGCGCAAGGCAGCCUCGUUUUCAUUGGGCAAGCAACGCCAGUCGAGGGAGAAGCAGCAGGAGCAGCAGGGGCAGCAGUCGCCUCAUCAUCAUCAUUACCAGCCACAGCAGCAGCAGAGUAAAUAUGAACGAAGCGAGUGCAGCAGGAGUGGGGGCAGUGGCGAGAGUCCAGCUCCAGAUCUCCAGCAGCGACGUCGUCGGCCUAGUCUGCCGUCGUCGCUGGCUUUGUCCAAUGCCAGCUCGGCCCUGCUCCAGGCACGCAUUCCAGGCACCACGCUCUACUAUGUCUGAUGGCCACCCGAUAUGCAUAGCACUAGUCUCCACACUUCAAACUCCAGAUAACCAGAUAUCCAGAUAUCCAGAUAUCCAGAUAACCAGAUAACCAGAACUCCAACUCCGAACCGAUCUGAAACCGCCAGCGAAACGUAGGCAUUGCCCAAGCUUUACUAUAUGUUUACAACUAGGCUAAAGAACACCCAUCACCCCUUGGAUACCUCUUGGUGACCCCGUUCCGCUCCCAAAAAAACAAAAAAAUUGGUUUGAAGGCCGCUAAACUGUAAAGUGUAACCCUGUGCAUAUCCGACUCACUCCAAAACAAAUAACUCAAUGCGGAAACCAGGAACACCAAACCCGAACACACGAAUCACAAUACACACAAGAAAACACUGGGGCAACCGGACACUCGAAACACACGUUUAAUCGAUUCAUAGAUGCCCAGAUGCUUCCCAAUGCUUCCCGAUGCACUGACGCCGUUUAUGCGAUGCUGCGGAUAACAAUCAAACGCAAUUCGCGAAUUAGCGAGGGAAGAGUACGCAAAGGAUGGAUUUUCAAACUAACUUUAAUGAAGGAAAAUGCUGGUCUCCCCAUAUUCCACUAAAACCAAACCAAACGUUCACAUGACUGCUGCUUGAUAAUGCUCUGCUCCCCGUCUCCAAUCAUUAUCCACCACCUUAUGUAUAAGCUGCUCCAUAGUGUAUAGUGACCAUCAAAUGGCUCUCCACCUAGUAAAUUGUAUGCCAAGCUCAUCUUAAGUUGAAGAUGAUUGUAGAAAAGUUGUCAGGAUAUCUAUAAAUGCUGUCAAUGCUUAAAAUUAGCGAAUUAAGCCAACUAUUCAGCUGGAGAUCGAGAAGACUGUUGAAAUACUUGAUGGCAUACUUGGGGUGUAAUAAUAGAGAUUUCAUUAGGCUAAAAGUUAGGCCGCCAGUUGCAAGGAACCUCAUGUAGUGACUAAGUACGACUUUUGUCGGUGUAAACCAAGCAAAAACGAAUCAUAGAACACUAGUUAGUGACUAUUUUCAUUUGAGUUACGUAUUAAGUAUACAUAUUUGUGCACCCGUGUGAGUUGGCGUUAGUUAUGUGUUAUGUGCUUAUGUAUGUUUGCUUUGUUUGGCUCAGUUCGGUUUGGUAUGCAGUUGUGGGGCAUGUAUUGAAUUGCAAUUUGCGAUUUGAAAUUGUAGCCAUGUAGUUACGCUAACCUACCUUCUAGCCCCCGGUGUUGCCCGCCACCCGAAUGGUUUUCAUUUCAACAACAACCUUUUGUUAAAGUCACCGCUGUCGCUUUGUUUUGUUUGCUAU